UGGGUGGGGCGGUUGCUGAUUGAUCAAGAAAGUGGCCCAGCAGCUGCAAGCACAGAGUGAAUUUCUCAUCGUUUGUUUUGGUCGUGGGAUGAUGGUGAUCUAGCGAGGCUCUUCAAUGCUAGCGCAAAGAUUCCUUCUAAUUUGUUUUUUGGGCUUUGGACUUGGAGCAAGUCAAGUCUUGCCCUUUUUUGACUUGCACUUCCUAACUUGAAGAAAGUGAGGGAGUCAUCGCCUCUUCACUUCUGGGAAGAUUAUUCUGGUCUUCUCAUUCUGUUGGGUGAAAAUAAUAUUCUUGAUCGAUUCUUCUCAAAUUGGUUGCAGACAGGAACAGGGUUCUGAAGAGAGGGAGGAAUGGGAACUCAAAUACUUCAUUCUAAAAGAUAUUCGACAGGAUACUGUUCCAUUUGGGGUCCAAAUGCAAUUGUAAGCAAUGACAUCUGGUCCGUGUAUCAUGAAGAUAAAGCCCCAAAAAAUGGUCAGUUCGGUGACUUCCUUCUGCCCGGGCAAGUAACAGUCAAUGGCUCUAUUGAGUACAACAAGGAAAAAGUGAGGCAAAUGAUUCUAAAGCAUGAAUCAAUGUUCAGGCAUCAGCUCCAAGAACUCCACCGUCUUUAUGGAAGACAGAAGGAGCUCAUGGACGUAUUCAGAAGAAGAGAUGUAAAGAAAGGUCAAAUAAAGGCAGAAACAUCUAGUUUGAAUCCUUGCUCAUCUUAUAUUCCUUGUGACAAUGCUAAACCUACACAGCAUGCUGCACAUACUCCAAUGCAUCUGGUGUUUGGUCAAUCAUCAAUGUCAGAGUCCGCUGACAAGAAGUCCCUCUCUGGUUUUGGCAAGGACAAGAAUAUGCUGGCUUUUCCCUCCAGGUGGAAUGGAAGUUCAGAAAUAUGUGGACCUCCAUGCUCUAACGGAAAUUUGCUUCAGAGAAGAAUGAUUGACCUUGAAAGUCCAGCCGAAGUGGAUAUGAAUCAUGAAGAAAGACACCUCAAAGAGAGAUUCUCUGGACUGUCUGGGGUUAAGAGCAACUCUGCAGCCAGUGGGCCAAGCACUAAUGAGAAUUUGCAUGAUAGAGAUAUGAAGUCACUUAAUUUCAGUGUCCUUAAUUUCCAUCAGGAUGGCGAUGCUUUGAGAUCCCUGUGGCACUUAAAAAGAAAGAAUGAGUUGGCUGACUUGAAUGAACCCAUCUUGCUUGAAGAAACCUCUAUUUCAGGUUCUGCUGAUAAUUUAGGCACCUGCACUUGCACUUCGGAUAACAGACAAAGGGUAGAUUUAUCUGCAAUUUCAAAUUCAAUCCUUCAUCCUGUACGGACAGAGCCAAUGAGACCUGAUGCCCCUUCUCUCAUGAAAGAUGGCAGUCCUACCAGUUCGCCUGUAGCUUCCCAGUCAUCCCCAGCUGAGCCGAGGAAAAUCAAUGAGUUCUCAACAUCUGAAAUCAGAAAGACUGAAAGAAAGAUGAAAAGAAAACUUUUUGGUGUUGAUAUUUUCGAAGUGCAUGAUGGAUCAUUGGUUACUCAUACCAAUACGGUCAAUGGUACAGAUAAAUAUGAUCAACUCAGUUCCAAACCAUCAGUUGUUGAAGUUAAAGAGACUGUUGAUUCAGGCAGAAGAUCAUCAUUUCCAAGCUCAAUAGAUGGAGUAUUCUAUCAAAAUGGUCUCUCUCUUUGUCCUCAGUUGAAUGCCAAGGAGUCAAUGGGCAAUUCAGCAAUCGAUUGUAACUUCAUCAGCAACACGACCACCAGUGCCUUGGUGCACAAAAUAUCUCCACCUACAGAUCAUGUAAAUUCUGUUGAGGGUUUGGACUGCUUGGGCUGGAGGUCUGCUGAGGUCAUUAAAACUGCCAAGAUUACCUCUAAUGCAUUUCAAGAUGAUGUUGCUUCUGAACAUUACAACUUGUCUGCAGAUUGUCAAAGUGAAAAUGUUCUGAAGGGAUCAAAGGUCCAUCUUAUGGAAACAGAAUAUAGAUACGAACAGAGCAGAGCAAAAAGCAACUCUUAUCAUCUAAAUUUGGAUUCUUUGCAGCACAAUUCUCAGCAGUUUUUCAAGAAAACUAAAGUUAUUUCGCUUUCCUCUCAGGUCUUGACAGACAAACAGGAAACUACUUUACCUCUUCUUAUUCAUGAGAACGAGCAGAAAAAUACUGAAGUUGACAAAUGUAGUUCUACUAUAAUGAACAGUAAUUUCCUAACCAGCAAUGAACUCAGGAUCUCCAAUGAUCUAAACUUUGCAACUGAGCCGGCUUUUUUGGCUGCUGAUGGUGAUAAUGCUCAAGAUUCCGUGGUAGAAAAAGUUGGUCCUGUAGAUCAGGCUGGAGGAAAGGAUCUAAAGUCAGAGGAACCAAUGAACAGUUCUUUUUCUUGUUUACGAUGUCCCAUCGACUUGAAUUUAUCUGUUACUGAAGAGGAGGCUCGUUCAGCACCCUCCCUUCCUUCAGCUGUUGUGAAACUUGCAACAACUGAAAUGGACUUGGAAGUUCCCUUGGUGCCUGCAUAUGAAUCAGAAAAAGAUACUAAAAUUUCAUCUGAUGGGAGCAAGGCCCCUUGUGAAGAUCUCAUUAGACUCGCGGCUGAGGCUAUAGUUGCAAUCUCAGUCUCUGGUGGAGAAGAUACUGCAGAACAUGCGACAUUCAUAUCACUUGACGGGACAUCGAAUGAUUGCCUUGAAUGGUUUGUGGACAUUGUGUCUUCUUUUGAGUGCCAUGAUCAGAGCAACACAAAUGUUGUCAACUGGAGCGGAGAUGCUGCAUUUACUGAGGAUUUGAUUCCUGAUGGUAUGGAUUAUUUUGAAUUUAUGACAUUGAAGCUGAAGGAUGCCAGAAGUGAGAACUACCUGUAUAAUUACGAGGCACCAGUUUUACAGAAUCAGGAUGAUGAUGAACAUGUUACUAAAUUGUCAAGACGGCCCCGAAGAGGGCAAGCAAGAAGAGGAAGGCAGCGUAAGGACUUCCAAAGGGAUAUACUUCCUGGUCUGAUUUCCCUGUCAAAGCUUGAGGUGACUGAGGAUUUUCGGACGUUUGAAGAAGUGCUAAGAGCUAGUGGUUGUAAUUGGGAGUCCAGCUUAUCAAGAAAAAGUGCUGCUAAGAAUGGCAGGGGAAGAAGGCGUUCAGGGGUUACGCAUCCUCAGAAAGCAGAUGCAAUUUACCCUCCGUUAGAGCAGAAACCUGUUUCUAGAGAGGUGAAACUCGAGGAUAAAACUUUAACUGGGUGGGGAAAGAAGACUAGGCGUUUGCCAAGGCAAAGAUCUACGAAUGGAACCAUUACUGUUUCUUUAGAUAAAAAAUAAGUUGGUUGAGAGUUGGUAAAGGUAAACAGAAUAUCGGAGAUUGUCAAACAGAGUUGAUAGAGCUGAAACUUAGCAGUCAGCAGCUGCAGCAAUUAGGAUUCAUGCUGCGAAUUAAAUCCUAUCAUAUGUCUGUGAUUAUGGCUGCGCUUGGAUGUUAAAGUUUCCCAAGCGAGCUGUUGUAAAACCCUCCAAGUAACAUUUGUUUGCCUUUUCGAAGAAGCGGAUCAUUGUGCACAGAUUGUAAUAGAUAACCUAAUUUGUAACAUAGAUGGACGGUUUGCAGUCAACAAUUUAAAUUUUUUAUGAUAUACCCUUUUUCUUUC